GUCCACUGUAGGGUCAGGCCCGUGGUCUGGUAUGACCUUUAGGCCCCCUACAACACAAGGGAGAAUGGCGCAAGUGGCACAAACCAGGGGCCAGAGUAAGGCAAGCGCAAGUCAGGAACCCCCUCGGAGAGAGCCAGAGCCGGAACGAAGGAAAGAGACCGUGGAGGUAGAGGAGGACGAUGAUGAAGAUGAGCAGGAUGAUAGAAUGCGCCAAGAAGAGGAUCGAAGGGCGGAGCAGAGGGCCAAUAAGAGGGGGGCCUACGAGGAGGCUGAGCCAGUUCUGCACGACGCGGCGCCAAAGAAGAAGAAGUAUGAGGCCCGCCUGGAGGAGGGUUUUGAUGUGGAAAAGGUGAUUGAUAGGUUGUUUGAGGGUCAUAAUGACCUCAUGACCUUGCGAUGGAUACAGGACUUGCAGCGGUUGGACGUUGUGACUGGAAACUUCGACCAAAUGGGUUCGCUGAAUCCAGCUGAACGUGAAGGUAUUGUACCUGAGAGCCAGGACGACGAGUUUGAGGAAGGAGAGAUCAAAAAAGAGUUUCGAGCAGAGGAGUAUGACGGGAUCUACUUGGAGCUGAGACUUCUCCUAUCGUGUGAGAUGAGGGAUAGAGAUGCGAGUGAGAGGGCACAAAAGAUGAGACAUCUCUAUACGGUAAGAGAUGGUCAUCUCUUUGUAAAAAGACAAGUGGAGAAUCCCAGAAGGGUCGUGUGUGGAAGGAAUCGUUCGAUCGAUGUCAUAGCGGGGCUUCAUGAUGACAUUGCAGGGGGGCAUCGAGGAGUCAAUACCAUGUAUGCCAAGAUAAGCGAGCUAUACUACUGGGAUGAAAUGAUAGAGAUGAUCAUCAAGUUUUGCCGAUCCCGUGUACCCUGUCAAGAAAGGUCACCUCAGAGGCCUGGAGAACCACUGCAUCCAAGGCUAGAGAGGGAAGUGGGUACCGAAGAACAUCUCGACCUGCUAUUUAUGCCAAUUGGGGAUCAUGGCUAUAACUACAUCUUCGAUGCGCAAGAUAACCUUACUGGCUUUGUAGAUGGUCGCGCCAUUCGUACAAAAACCGGCUCGGUUUUAGUGAGUUGCAUCGAGGAGUACUACCUACGUUAUCCCUUCGUCAGGGAGUUCAUGAUGGACAGGGGAUCAGAGUUUACAUGUCAGGAGGUGCAGGAGUUGUUGUCAAGAUGGGACGUGUACGAAAGACUUCAUUGGAAGUUGGGGAUAUCGUAUUAUUGUACGAUUCAUUCAUGUAAAAGUCGUGGUCUAGGAAGCUCGAUAAUGUAUGCGAUGUCGAGAUUUCGGCAAAAGAAGUCGUGGAAGUCGUGGAAGGAUUGGGUGUCAGGAUCGAGGUUGAAGAAGUUUGUGGCAAGAGAAGAGGUGAGAUAGACGAUCUAACCCCUUAUGGUAGGACCCUAUGUAUGUAGAAAAAGUCUGUAGUUAGAUCCUAGAAAGGAGUAAAAUGGUAUAAUGUAU